AUGCCUUCAGUUGGAGAAUCGUCAUCCAAGGCUGAUGAGACUAAACCCUCAGAGACCACAGCCACCAGUAAUAUUCGUCUCAAGUUUGAUGGACUCCCUAAACUACAAGGGCAAUCCAACUACCAAACUCGAGCGAGUGCCUGGAGGAUAACGUUCAAUGCUGUAGAUUGUUGGGAAGCGUUGAGCAUCGAGAACCCUACCGAGAAUGAUACCGAACUCAGCAAAACCGAGAUAAAGAAGGCUCGUAAACAAAUGCACAGCCUUCUCAUCUCUGCUGUAUGUGAAGAAAUACAACCAACAGUCGUCUCCGCCGAAAAUGCAUUCCAUGCAUGGAAGGCGCUCAAAGACCUCUACGAUCAUGUCUCACCCAACACCACGAUCAUCCUCCUCAGCCGCGUCCUAGACAGGAGGGUGCAAGAAGGCGGAUCACUGAACGAGCAUCUCGCGACCUUCGAUGUGAACUAG